CAAAGGAGGCCUAUAAAAGAUGAAGAGCUUGAACGUGAAGUUGGUUCUGGUCACUGUGCUUCUCCAGCUGUUCCUCUCUGUGCUGGAGGUCAACGCCGGUGGAGGAGCAGGAGCUAGACCACCAGCAGUUGGAGUAGCAGUUCCUCAUUUUGGGGACCUGAUUGAAUUUCCACAGGGCGGUUAUAGUCACUAUGGUAUAUUUGUUGGUGAUGGAAAUGUGCCUUUGAAUGGAAGAGAUGAUCACAACAUUUUUGAGAUGACAAGGAAACCACCCGGCUGCCGUUUCAGUACAUAUCAAGAACCCUUUACAGUACGAAAUGAGUAUUACAAUGAUAUAGUACCCCGGACCCCGGAGCAAAUGGUAGCCACCAUUGAAGAGCUAAUGCGUCCUCAAGAUAAGAGGUGUAAAGAUUAUAGUCUUGAUAAGGAGAAUUGUGAACAUAUUGCCACAUUGGUUCGAUAUGGUAGAGCAAUGUGCAGACAGAAGGGAACCGCAGCUGCAGGAGUGGCUGGACUGGCGAACUCGAGGGUCAAGCAAAAACGUCGUGAAUCUUCAGCAGCUGCUUGAACAUCAGCAUCACCUUCUUCUUUUCCUUUUCAUCUUCUAAUUAUAAAGAAGAUCUUAAUAAACCUGAAUGUAGCAAAUGCA